GCUUUGCCAACGUGUCAUGGCGGAAGGAGACCCCGGGCCGUUUGCCGUCGUCUCCCAGUGGCUCAGCACGUCUGCGCCGCACGGUGGCUACAGCGGCUGUGACGGCAGCGGUGGGAGGUUGCAAGAAGUUCUGCCUCCAGGACGGCUUUAUGCAUGCCAUCGCCAGACAGAAGGGCAGCGAUGCCUAUUGCACCUGCUACACGAAAGACACCAGCAAUCCAGUGUAUGACACGACGACGAGGUUCGAGGAGAACCAGUCCCUCAUCGGAGAAUGGAACCUGGAGGCUCCGGCUGCCGUCCGAGGCUACACCAAGUUGCUGGUUCCAAAGACCAGCUCCGAGAAGAUCAAGGCACAUGCGGGAUGCCCGGAGGACAGUUCAGACUGCUCUGCGCUCUUCGGCCUUGGUUGUGGGGACAAGCCGCCUUUGCUGUGCCCCAACACUCACGAGCACAGUCCCUUCGUCACAACACUGCCUCCGAACGUUCGGCCGUCGGACAGCUUCUUUCUGAGUCAGGCUUGUACAGGUGCUUCGGUUUCCAACAGCUCGGAGUCCCACACCAGCCUGUGCAGCAAUGCGUGGCUAGUUUUCGACCUGGAGGAGAAGUUCACUGUUACGAAAAUACGAUUCCACAACUACGUCACUCAGGAUGCAGUCCGCAAGGUCAUCUUCAGUGGCAGCAGCAGUGUGGGAGACUGGGUUCCGGCUCAAGCCAUUGACCUGCCGAACACAGCGACGGAGCGGUCGCCUUCAGCAGAGAAGCAUUCCGUCUCUGAGCACGUCUUGGACGUUCCAAUCAGCGAGAGGUUUCUAAAGAUGGAGAUCCUUGAGAACUAUGGCAGCAGAGGUGUGGGGUUCUUUCGCAUCGAGUUCCACGGGUUCAGGUACUUCUUCACAGACUUUACCAAGUACCCGGGCAAGGCCUGUGGAGGCUACGAGCUCGAGGACAUGCGAGGCCUUGGCGGCUCCGAGCAGCGCUGCCGGGCUCAGUGCGCCGCGCGCUUGGACUGCGCCGCGGUGGAGGUCGUCCACUCGGGGGCCUAUGCUGGCAGCUGCAUCUUCCACAGCAACAUCUGGAUACCCACAAGGUCCUUGGAAGACGAGCGUGAUUGCUUCGUCCGGGAGGGCCAGACCGUCUUCUGCCAGCGCGGCCUUCCGUUGCACGACGUCUGCUGCAGCCCAGAGUGCGGCACCUGUGGAGGCGACAAAUGUUCUUACCGCCCCGGGGGUCGAUCCAAGUGCUGUGCUGGCUCCAUCAGGGUCAUGCGGCACCUGUGCGCCAACACGACAGAUGUGGCUUGCCGAAUUCCACGGCCUCGACGAGCUGGAGUUCCGACGCUCCGUCUCACGUUCGAGAACGAAACCGGAGGCUCCAAUGCAAGUGAAGACUUACGGCCUUCGAAGACGAUCAAGGUCAGCGGUUUUAAGCCCUCGACGACGCUGUCCCGGGCAGGGGGAACAGCCGCCGACCUCACUGGUGUGAACACCGGCAUCGAGAUCCGAAACUACGGCCGGUGGUUCACAGCCACCUCGACCUACAUGUGUUGGAUCCGGCCAACCUUCGUGAGGGAUCAGACCUGGUACUUCAUCUUUCGCAGCAGCGGCUACACCAUGCACAAUCCCGAGGACGGAAGUUGGGCAGUGGAGUUUCAGUGCAAGGGUGACAAGGCGCGGCUGAUGAUCUGGACUCGGCAGCCCGCCGGUCUCGGUGCCGUCAGCACGGAGUUCAAGGCAAAAGCUCGUUGGGCUGACCGGUGGACUCAUGUCGCGGUGGUGAUGCGAGUGGGAGGUGCUUUCCCGCAGCUCUACUUGAAUGGCCUUCCCGAGGAAGUGGAGGACAGCUCUGCUCCUUGGUCGGAGUUGGAAGACAUCGUCUACAAUGAGAACCAGUACCUGAUCAUCGGAAAGGCAGCAGAAACUGACCAGCAGUUUGACGGCUUCAUCGAUCACUUCGAGAUUUACGAGGAGAGCCUCACCCCUCAGUUCAUGCGCAAGCACUACAACACCAUCGAAUCCGCAAAGGAUGAAGGAGAGGAAGCCACAAUAAUUCGCCAAAUAUGCCUUCCACCAACCGACACCACAGGCUACAUCAUCCAGGGCGGCAGCGCAGCACGAAACAGCUUCGAUGUGUCAGCAAGCUGCGAUGAUGCAAUGGGGUAUGGAGGGAUGGCUGUCGUCACUCGCUGUUCCAUGACCUCCAAGCGGUAUGCUCUAAGUGGCUGCCUGCUCAAGGAGCAGUGUUCGGCAGAUCGCUGCCUGGUGAAAAGUUGA